GUCCAAAUUACGUGCACUAGAAGCACCGUAGAGUUCGUGAUCGUGAAUAAAAAAUUGAGUUGGUACGGGGGAGGUGAUUUGGAUAUAUCAAAUCAAAUGACAAAGUAAACAAAUUGCAAAUGAUAAAGAUGGAGAAAAGAAUGAAUAUAUGCCUUUUCCCCUUUAAUAAUUGAUUGAAAAACCACGACAGCCUAUUGUAAAUCGUAUCAGUACCAGUAUCCCAAUCAAAAACGCAACCCUGCAAACCCAUUAACAUUGAUGAACCAGAUUUCGAUUAAAGCAUAACCCACUUUCUAUCUCCUGUCUCUUUCGAUUUCCCUUCUUUAUAUUCAAUCAAAGAUUUACAAUUUACAGUAAGAAUCUGAUCUGGGUUUUUGACAAAAUAAUGGCAACUACAGAGAAACCAGUGAUGUUAGUAGGAAUAGAUGAGAGUGAACAAAGCUUUUAUGCUUUAGAAUGGGCUCUUGAUCAUUUCUUUACUCCUUUUUCUCCUAAUUUUCCUUUUAACAUUAUUCUUGUUCAUGCUAAACCUACUCCUACUUCUGCUAUUGGAUUUGCUGGUCCUGGGGGCGCGGAAGUUUUACCUUAUGUAGAGGCUGAUCUAAAGAAGAUAUCUGCAAGGGUUGUAGAGAAAGCUAAAGAGUUGUGCCACUCGAGAUCGGUGCAGGACGUUGUAGUAGAAGUCAUAGAAGGUGAUGCAAGGAAUGUGCUCUGUGAGGCUGUCGAGAAGCACCAUGCAUCCAUCUUAGUUGUGGGUAGCCAUGGUUACGGAGCAAUCAAAAGGGCUGUUCUCGGAAGUGUAAGUGAUUACUGCGCUCAUCAUGCUCAUUGUUCGGUAAUGAUCGUCAAGAAGCCUAAGAUUAAGCACUGAACUUCCCUCUGGAUUGAAGGGGUGUGUAAUAAUACCUCCUAUUAAUUUGAAAUUAGAUUGUGAUAUUCUAUUUUUAGCCAAUAUAUUCAAAUGUCAUUGUAUAUUGAAUGUUUAGGCAAUAAACAUGUGUGAUGCACAAGUUUGUAUGUAAUUUAUGAACUUGUUUUACAAUUAAGCAUUUGGUUUUCUUUGUUGAAAA